CAACCCCCCCCCUCCGCCUCCCAAACCUACAAAUCCCUCCACACAACCUCCCUCUCCUUCCUCUCCGCCCAAUCCUUCAACCCCAGCAUCCCAACCCGCAUGGACAUCCCCCUCCUAAAGUCCCUCUGCACCCCCUCCUUCACCCACACCUUCGGCCACCACCACGCCGUCUCCAUCGCGCCACCCUUACAAGGCACCUUCUCCUUCGACGCCUUUGCCGCGCACCUAGGCGCCAUGGUGCCGCGGAUGGAAUCUUGGGAUUUGAGGGUUAGUGAUGUGCUGGUUGAUGAGGCACAGAUGAGGGGGGUUGUACGGGUUAGCUAUUUUAUGAGGGUUAAGGGGGUGGGGGAGGAGGAUGUGGUGGAGAAUGAUAUUUUGUGGAUACUGGGGUUUGAGAAGGAGGGGGAAGAGGUCAAGGUGUGUAGGAGUGUGGAGUUUGUGGAUGGGGUUGCGGCGGGGAGGUUGAGGGAGUUGAUG